AUUGCCCUCGAUACAUUUACGAGCGGUGAAUGACGAAACAUCCUCAACGACAGGAAACGUCUACAAGAAGUCUUCUUUGUUUCCACACAGAUCCUUAGAUCAGUUGUAAAAAUGAACCCCAGAUUGAUUACCUUCUUUAUAAUUACGUUUUGUUUAUUCAGCGUGAGUCUGUCGCUAAAGUGCAGAUCCUGCUCUGAUGUAAUCUGUGUGGAUAAAACCGAAGAGGAUUGCCCAGGUGUUGGAGUUACUAAAUAUGGUUGCAAAUGUUGUAAAGUGUGUGCCCAGGGAAUCGGCCAGGAAUGCGGAGGAUUAUAUAACAUUGCUGGUAUAUGUGGAAGAAAUCUCGUGUGCAUAAGACCCCCUCUUCCGGAAGGAUUCGACGAGGAUAUGGUAAAUUAUUCAGUAGGAACGUGUCAGGAGAAACCAAUUGUUUAGCAGCAAUACGCUGAUCCAAUUAAUGCUAACGCAAUCCUUUCCAUAAUCAGUAAAUUGUUUGAAUAAAUAAUUUAAUUGAGUAUUAAUGAAUAAAUAAAGCUUGUAUUGCAAAUAAAA